AUGGAAUUCCAUAUUCAUGGUGAGCCUGUCUUUGGUGACCCACUGACAUUAGAUAUGAAUAAUCUAUCAAUCGCACAACCUUCAUCUUCACCUCCUAAGGGUUUAACGUUAAGAUCACCGACACCCCCAUCACAACCACCGUCUCCUCCUAGGAGUAGUUCAACUACCCCAGAACGCCCUACCUUAACUUCAUCCAGGCAAAUAUACAAUCGAUAUGAAGACUACCUUAUCCGAAACAACAAGCUCAUCGCCGAAGAUUGUGCUAGGAAAUUGAAUCGUGAAUUAGAAGCUGGUCAUCUUCUUGAGAGAGCUGAAGGAAAGGAUUUGGAUAUGCAGAUCUUGUUGUUACAAGCUAUCGAUACGCUUUCGGUAGCGAGAAUCAGAAGACUUGCGACUUGGCUCGUUAGGGAUGAUUCACUUCUUAAGGAGUGGUUUGAGAGGGAAUUGGAUGUGGAACAUGUUGAUGCGAUGGUUAUUGGAAAGACUUUGGUGAUCAAGUUGAUGGAGUUGAUUGUUGAGCUUGUGAAGGGAAAUAAGAUAGUUCGGAAGUCUUUGGUGAAACAGCUGUUGGACAGAAAAGCGGAUGGUACUUUUGAGAUUAAGAAAUUUGAUGAUUAG